UGAAGGAAAACGUCCCUGUCAGCAUUGCCGCCGCCCGCUUAUUUGCCAUGCCCGAUGCACCCCGUUUUUUAGGUCGCACCAAGAUCACGCUGCCCAUCGUCCUGCACCGCGACCUCUAGUCGUUGACGCCGCCUCAAUCGCUGGCGUCUCUCGAGGACCUCAACCAACUGCGUAGCUCUGCCGCCAACGGCAAAGCCAGGAAGGCUUCUACACAUCGUGUCGUCAUGGGCCUCACCUGCGGCCGCUAGCGCCCCCGGGCGACUACAGAAGAGCAAGACGAGCCCCCGCGCCGCCGCCUGCGCAGCCACAGCCCGGUGAACGAAUGAAGGAGUUGGAGAUUGCUAGUAUCUAUGUAUGCAACCUCUUUGUAACAUCAAGAUCCCGCGAAACACCCUUCACGGAAUCGGGCGAGAGGAGAAAACCUGCCGGUCGGAUUGGGUUUCACCUGCCAACUUCUUCGAUCCAGACAAAAAUCUGCAGCAGCGUCGAGUUUGCGUGUCUACCUGAGCUCUGCGAGCAGGAGUGA